CUUCAUUCAUUGCAUUUCUAAUGCGGUGGUUAAACAUGAGAUCUUAAUUUUCAAUUUUUUUUCUUUUUGAUAAUGUUUAAAUUGAUUCAUGGGUUGUGGUUGAUCUUUUCUUGUGGGAUUUAGGGUUGUUAUUAAUUUUGUGACAAAUAAUAAAGAAACUGAAUUUUGUGUGGAAGCUCAGUCGACAGACAGAAGAUCAAUGGCGGAAGUAGUCUUGUUUCUUGAUUAACAGACAGCUUUUCUAUUCAGUACGAGGCCACUUUAAUGUUCUUUCAAUCGGCAGCCGAUCGAGUCUUUCGAGUGUAAAUCGAUUGUUAUCUGAUGGUAAAUAACCGUCGUGGAGUUGUCGAAGGACUACCAUCACCUUCGACUAUUAAGGUGCAUGUUAGAAUGUGUUCGGAAUUACUUAAUUUGGUCGUUAGAGUAUCGGAAAUUAUUCCAGAAAUCGAAGAAGCUCGUCCUCGUGCUUCGGGUAUGGAAGCACUUUGCUCGUUAAACAACGGUGUUGAUAAAGCCAUGUCUCUGCUUCAGCAUUGCUGUGAAUCGAGUGUACUCUAUUUGUCGCUUACCGGAGACGCCAUCCUGUCGAGAUGUAACAAAUUAAAGAAUUUAUUGGAGCACAGCCUCGGCCUAAUUUUGAACAUGGUUCCGUUAGUGCUGGCUGCCAAGAUUUCCGGAAUUAUUCUUACUAUAAGAUGCGCAGUUUUUUAUUUGGAGCCAAACGAAGAAGAGGCCGGCAAGGUAUUGAAGGAAUUAGUUCAUAGAUAUGGUUCUUCAACCGAUUCGAAAGAGGAAUUUGCGUUUUCUUCUAUUCGGUUAGUUUGUUCUCGACUCCACAUUUCAUCGAAAAGGGAUUUAGCUAUUGAAAGAAGAUCAAUUAGAAAGAUACGCCGAUAGAUCUGGCGAAGCCGAACGAAGCAAG